AUGAGAGAAUUGCGUCCACAACCACCGACCCUCCGACGGAGGAAUAUCUAUCUUCCGUACGACAUCGUACUCAACAUCCUGACAAGGCUACCGGUGAAGUCUUUGAUGAGAUUCAGGUGUGUUUCUAAGUCUUGGAACUCCUCAAUUAUUAGUUCUGAUUUCAUUUCCACCCACCUUAAUAACAGCAAAGAUUCCCAUGGUGAUGGUUAUGUCAUACACAUGCCAUGUGUAAGAGACAGUUAUUCUUCUUCUAUUAACACUAAAAGACCAGUUUGUACUGUCGCUUUGGACCGCACGUUUGAUAAGAUUUCUGAGGUUGGAAUUCCCUUUCAUUUUCCUUUUGGUUCUGCCCAAAUAGUCGGUUCCUGCAAUGGCUUAUUGUGUUUUGCCACUUCGGCUUAUUGUAUAUAUUUGUGGAAUCCCAGCAUUAGAAUAUUCAAGAGGUUGCCCAAUACUUGCUUGGGACAGUUAAGGUUUGCUACACUCGGAUUCGCAUAUCAUUCCGAGAAUAAUGACUACAAGGUUGUGAGGAUUUCACGUUCUCCUUUCUCUGCACCUGUGAGUUCUCAUGAGAUUGAGGUGUAUACAUUAAGUUCGGAUUCAUGGAGAAGUGUUGGAACCACGUUGACAACCGAUGUUUUGUUCUAUGAUAAAAACUAUCCUUUGCCAAUUCCAUUGGUUAAUGGAGCUUUGCAUUGGAUGUCAUGUAUUGUAGAAGAAGAAGAAGAGAAUCACAGGAGGAGAAUGAUUAUGGCAUUUGAUGUCAAUAGUGAGGAAUUCAAAAGGCUAGCAUUGCCUGUUGGGUCUACCGAUGAGAACAUCUUUCAGACAUUUCUUUCAUCAUUCAAGGGGAAACUGGCUUUUAUUACAUGGGCACGGAGUGAACAACAUGGCACCCAAUACUCCAUAUGGGUGAUGAAGGAGUAUGGCGUGGUUGAGUCUUGGAUUAAACUUUCGGCUGUACCAUUUGAAAGAGUAGCUCAUUGCACUGCCUUUAUGGAGUAUGGUUCACUUCUGGUUUGCUACAUCAAUGAUCGAGUAGAGAGUCAAGAAUUUAAGUUUGUAUUAGUUGACAUUGAAACUCUACAUGAGAAGAAGGAUCUUGAUAUCCAACAUCAUUCAUAUGUAGCUACUUUCAUGGAGAGUCUUGUUUUACUUGAUGGAGCAAACGUGGUAUCUUACUAA